GAUUUAACAAGCUCGAUAUCCAGUAUCCACGACAAAUCAAGUGGGUGGAGUCCGUCUCGCGUUUCCACCUGUGCCUUAACCCCGAUCACUUUACUAAUGCUUGCUCGCCAUGAUUCAUACCUUCUAUAGGCCCAUGCUAUCAGGGUUUUUUUUUCUUCCUCACUGCUGGCGGGUAAAAGUGGCCCACUUGCUUAAAUCAAGGUUGUCUCUUGUAUAUAACAAUGGCUAAAGCCCGUGGCAAGGGUCGUUGGUGCCCCCUCUUCUUUCUUCAUCUCUGAUAUCAUCGCCACUCUCCCGGGGACUUAGAUACUAUAAGUUCUUUCUUCGUAUCUCCCCACGGUUGUAUUAUCUGUAUCAUUGGUUCCACUGCCCCCUGGUACCCCUGAGUUUUGGGAUAGGUUCACAGAUCCCCAUUUGCUGCUCCUACGCGAGCCUCAGUCACACAACAUGAGCGCCCCUCAUAGUAGCAAUGCCCCGGAGUGGGCUUCGAACACCGAGCCUCACAAAGAGACGGCUCUCCAAUCAUCGGAUUCCACCCUGAGGUCUCAAUCUAUCGCUGCGACCGGGGACAACGAGAAGGAGAUCGAUCAUUCGUUCGACAAGGAUUUGGAACGGGAUGGAUCAGACACGGACGCCAACGUACCCGAAGACCAGCUGGAGAAAGCCGAGGAGAAGGAGAGGGACCCCAACCUUGUCGACUGGGAUGGGCCUGACGACCCGGAGAAUCCUCAAAACAUGGCAUACUUGAGGAAGUGGAUCAUCACCAUGUCCAUGGCUUUCAUGACGAUGUGGAUUACCUUCGCUAGCAGUGUCUUCUCGACGGCAACCCUGGUAACGGCCAAAGAGUUCAAUGUCUCGACCGAAGUCAUGAUUUUGGGAACGAGUCUCGUGGUCUUCGGCUUCGCAGUCGGCCCUCUGAUGUGGUCUCCUCUCUCCGAGCUCUAUGGACGUCGCAUUCCUCUGUUCUCCGGCUAUCUUAUCUUCGCUAUCUUCCAGAUCCCUGUCGCGGUGGCCAAGAACGUCGAAACAGUUCUAGUCUGUCGCUUCCUGAUCGGAGUCUUUGGUUGCUCCCCCUUGGCCGUCGUCGGUGGUGCUAUGGCUGAUUUUUGGGAUCCCGUUGACCGUGCGAUUGCUAUCGCAUUGUUCUCUUCGGCUACCUUUGUUGGACCUGUGCUUGGUCCGAUUGUUGGCGGUUUUCUUACCGAUUCCAGCCUUGGUUGGCGAUGGACCGCUUGGAUCACAUUGAUUGCCUCGGCGUCCUUUGGUCUUUUGGCCUUCAUCAUCGUCCCCGAAACUUAUGCUCCCGUUCUCCUGCAACGCAGAGCCGCUCGCCUCCGCAAAGAGACCGGCAACACCGAACUGUACGCCCUGCUGGACAAGAGCCGCCCGACUAUGAAAGACAUUGCCACCAAAUACCUUCUGCGGCCCGUCCUCAUGCUUUUCCUUGAGCCGAUUCUCCUCGCGAUCACCCUUUACCUGGCUUUGGUCUAUGGUAUCCUGUAUCUCUUCUUCGAAGCCUACCCUGUGUCCUUCGAGCAGGUGCGCGGCUGGACGAACGGAGGUAUUGCUGGACUGCCUUUCAUUGGAAUUAUGAUCGGAGUUGUCUGUGGUGUUGCCUUGAUCGUGUGGCAGACUAAGACGCGAUUCGCCCGCAAGCUGGCCAAGCAUGGACGCGUCACUCCGGAAGAACGACUGCCUCCGAUGAUGAUCGCUUCUGUUCUCUUGCCCGUGGGUCUGUUCUGGUUCGGCUGGAGCUCGCAUCCCAGCACCUCGUGGGUCGCCCAGGUCUUCGCCGGUAUUCCCAUCGGCAUGGGCAUCCUGGUCAUCUUCAUGCAGGGUCUCAACUAUAUCAUUGAUGUGUACUUGAUGUUUGCCAACUCGGCUAUUGCCGCCAACACCCUCAUCCGCAGCAGUCUGGGUGGUGCAUUCCCCUUGUUCGCCACGCAGAUGUAUAACAAGUUGGGCGUGGACUGGGCUUCCAGCUUGCUCGGCUUUAUCACCUUGGCCAUGAUCCCCAUCCCGGUCCUGUUCUUCUUCUUUGGCAAGAAGCUGCGGGCCAUGAGCAAGUUCAGUCCCAAGCUGUGAACCUUCGCUAUCGUCAUCUGUGAACGUUUAACUCUUCACCUUUCUCCGCUUUCCCUCGUUCUUGAAGAAAAACUUGCAUUGAAUUUCACUCACUGAUCUGGCGUUCUCUUGGCGGGCAUACGAUAAAAAUGGGUAAUGUUUAUUGAACGGUAUAUGUGACAUGUGCAUAGCAUAGCGGCAUCUCGAUAGAUACUAAAUAGCGUUUGCCUUUCCAUCUGCAUAUAUACUGGCUGAAUGUGAU